AUGGUGCCCAAAGAUGCUCAGGUCAUGGUGAACGUUUGGGCCAUAGGACGAGACCCAAAUGUGUGGGAGAAUCCGAGUCAGUUCGAGCCAGAGAUGUUUUUGGGAAAAGAAAUUGACGUGAAAGGUAGAGAUUACGAGCUUACACCGUUUGGGACGAGACGUAGAAUAUGUCCGGGAUUACCUUUGGCUGUGAAAAUCGUGUCUCUCAUGCUUGCUUCGCUUCUUUAUUCCUUUGAAUGGAAGCUUCCAAACGGCAUCUUUCCUGAGGACUUGGACAUGGACGAGACCUUUGGUAUCACAUUACAUAAGACCAACCCGUUACAUGCCAUUCCCGUCAAGAAACGCACUAUCAGUUAG